AAACGAUCAAGUUCAAGCCUUCUCCUCCUGCCGUUAUUUUUUUUGUUUCUGCCGAGUGCCAGUCGAGUGUGUGAACAAAAAACCAUAACAAUUAGUAACGAAAACACGCAUCAUGUCAUCGAGUGUGCUGAUCCCGAGCGAUCUCUUCCCCACAACCAUCAACACGGCCACGAAGAUCUUCCGCUACCAACACAUAAUGCCGGCUCCCAAUCCCUCCAACUCCAACUCCAGUCCCAGCAGCAACCACACAUCGGCGAUGCCCAUCAAGACGCGCAAGUAUACACCGCGUGGAAUGGCCGGCGUCCUGGCCCGUUCAAGUUCCGGCUCCACCGAAGGCUCGUCCUCCUGCUCGCCGGGCUCCUCGCCGGCGCCGUACAACGUGGACCAGUCGCAGAGUGUCCAGCGACGCAAUGCCCGAGAGCGCAACCGGGUCAAACAGGUGAACAACAGCUUCGCCCGGCUGAGGCAGCACAUCCCGCAGUCCAUUAUCGCCGAUCUGACCAAGGGCGGCGGCCGGGGGCCGCAUAAGAAGAUCUCCAAGGUGGACACACUGCGCAUUGCCGUGGAAUACAUACGGCGGCUGCAGGACCUCGUCGACGAUCUCAAUGGAGGUCCCUCCAGUGUCAAUGCCGGUGCCAUGUCCCAGCUGCAGCUCUGCCUGGAUGAGUCCAGCAGCCACAGUUCCGGCAGCAGCAGCUGCAGCUCCUCCAAUGUGUACUACCAGAACGGAGGCAGCACUGCCACCACAACGCCGGCCACAAAUCCCCUCCAGCAACAGCAGCAGCUGCAGCGCCAGCAGUUCCCCCACCAGCCACUGACGCCCAUUUCCCUGAACAGCAACCUGGCGGCGGUUGGAGCCACUGGCGCCGCUACGGGAGCCACCUCGCCCACGUCCUCCUUCAACUCAAGCAUGUCCUUUGACUCGGGCACCUAUGAGGCGGCUCCCCAGCAGCUCUCCGCUCACCUGGACCACCUCGAUCUGGACGGAGGCGAAGCCCACGGUCACGGUCACGGUCAUGGUCACUCACAGCUGCAGCUCAAGUUUGAGCCGUACGAACACUUUCAACUGGACGAGGAGGACUGCACGCCCGACGACGAGGAGAUCCUCGACUACAUCUCGCUGUGGCAGGAGCAGUAGAUCGAUCGCAGAGCCUACUCGCCCCGCCCCCACCACCACACAUCCUGUUCUCUUCUAGUCAACGUUGAGCUGAACCGAGUGCCUCAAAUUGUAAAUAAGAACCAAGCCUAAAUCACAAAUCAUACAAAACAGAAAAUAUUUUUUUUUCCUACUCUAAGUUGCAUAUUUUUUUUUUGCCUAGGCUAAGAACCUCGA